CCGCGCAAAACUUUCCUGCAGUUGGGAUUCCUGGGACUGUCACCUCUCGCCACGGCCUUCCUGACCUCAAUCAGUUUUUGUUUCUUGGACUUUGAGGGCUAGCUGCGUUCACAAGACAGCACACUUCCAUCCCAUCCCUUGCUCAACCCUGCCUUUCAUUCCCAAGAUGUUGAAGAGGCAGUUGCUGCGGCAGGCCCGAACAUGUCGCGGCCUGCGCGCGUCUCCCUCCUCACUCUCGGGUCUGGUCUUCAGCGCCUCGCCCAAGCCAUCCACUUCCUAUAAGCCCGCCGUUCUUUCCACCUCAAUCAGCCGCCAGAUCAUUUCGAGGAAUUACUCAAGCGCCGCCGCCGCCGCCCAGCCCCAAGAUGGCGGCAACCAGUCCGGUCUCGUCACCCGAUUCGCCGACCUCGAGUCGCUCGGCGUCCACCCCAACAUCAUCAAGGCCAUUGUCGAUGACAUGCGCUACGAAUCCAUGACAGAUGUCCAGUCCAUGAGCAUAAACCCUGCCCUGCAAGGAAAAGACAUUGUCGCCCAGGCCAGGACCGGUACUGGCAAGACCAUUGGUUUCCUUGUCCCUACAAUCCAGAGGAUCAUUGCGAGCGACCCCUCGCUCGGAUCCCGUAGCUUUGACCGUGCCGACGCGACCAACGUCCGGGCCAUCAUCAUCUCCCCCACAAGAGAGCUCGCAGAGCAGAUCGGCGCCGAGGCCCAGAAGCUCUGCCGCCACACCGGUGUCAAGGUGCAGACCGCUGUCGGUGGGAUGAACAAGCAGAUGAUGCUGCGCAGGACCAAGCACGAGGGCUGCCACCUGCUGGUCGGCACGCCCGGCCGGCUCAUGGACCUGCUGAGCGACGAGUACAGCGGUAUCGACGCACCCAACCUGGAGGCGCUGGUCCUGGACGAGGCCGACCGGAUGCUGGACGUGGGUUUCGACAAGGAGCUGCAGCAGAUCGUGCGCCUGCUGCCCGACCGCAGGCAAAAGUCCCGCCAGACCAUGCUGUUCUCGGCCACCAUCCCCAAGGACGUCGUGCAGAUUGCGCGUGUCUACGUCGAUGCCAACAAGUUCCAGUUCGUGCAGACCAUCAAGGCCGACGAGGCUCCUACGCACGAGAGGGUCCCGCAGAACAUCGUCCCCGUGGAAGGCUACGAGCACUUCGUCCCCACCAUGCUGGAGAUCAUCGAGAGGGCACAGAACGGCGAGUACGGGUCUGACCCCGUCAAGGUCAUGGCCUUCUUCAACAACACGGCCACUGUCAAGCUCAUGGACGAGACAUUCCAGUUCCUCAGCCGCUCCCUCAGAUCCCUGCCACCCACUUACGCCAUCCACUCGGGCCUCGAUCAGAGGCAGCGGUCGAGAGUCGCCGAUAACUUCAGGAAGGCCAAGUCCGCCAUUCUCAUCUCGUCAGACGUGACCGCCAGAGGAAUGGACUUCCCAAAUGUCACCCACGUCAUCCAGUUCGGCGUGCCCCCGACCCGUGACCAGUACAUCCACAGACUAGGCCGGACGGGGCGGGCGAACAAGUCAGGACAGGGCUGGAUCAUCAUCAGGAAGGGCGAGAUCCCAGAGGCGAGGCACAAGCUGCCCGGGCUCCCCAUCAAGCGCCACGACGGCCUCGAGUGCGCCGCGUUCGACACCCGCAACGCACAGGAGGGCCAGGAGCCCAAGAACUUCAGCGAGGUCGCCCACGCCAUGCGCCGCGUGCGCUUCGGCGUCAUGAGGGAGGCGUACGAGAAGUACAUCAUCAGCGCCAGGGACACCACCCAGGACCAGAUCGACGCGGUCAACCACUGGGUGACGACCCAGGGCGGCCGCCGGGAGCCACCCCCGGUCUCGACGAGGCUGAUGAAUGCCGUGCCCCGCCUGCGGCGGAUGGACGGCAUCACAGUCGAGGAUGUGAGGGAUAGGGACGAGGGCCGUGGAGGCUUCGGCGGCCGUGACGGCGGCAGGGGCGGCGGCCGCGGCGGGUUCGGCGGUCGUGGUGGUGGCGGCCGUGGCGGCCGCGGCGGCAGGGACAACAGCGACCCGUUCUCCCAGAUGUCUGACCGGAGGAUGGACGACCGUCCCGCGCGGAGGGAACGUGCCGCCUUCUAAGUAAGAAACAGGUUGAAUGGAGGGUUUGGGGGGGACAAAAAGAGAGGGCAAACAACAACCCAAGCGCCAGGAUGGACACCACCCCGGGAAUUGUCCAAGCUCGCCACCACGGCCAGGCUGGUGCCGAGGCGUCUUGGGGGAGGGGCCGUGUUGGGACCGUUUUGUACAAAAACAAGAACACGACAUGGACAGCAGGCUCACGCGACAGGAGUGAGUGGGUGCCUUCGGGUCAUGAUCACGAGAUACCUUUGGGUUGGGAUGUGUUAUUAUAAAAAGAGACAGCCACGAUGUGUGUGUGCAGGCGCGGCCCAUAUCGGGUUGACGCCGGGCGGCCACGACACACAUACGGUACACAACCGCCAACCCUUUCUUGCAUCUUACCGGCGUUAGGCUGCCUUUGUCAGGGCUUCUUCUGGCCGGGGUUUAUAGGGACACAAGCUAAAAAAUCACAGAAAUCUCCUCUUCCUCUUUUUUUUUUUUUUUUUUUACACUUUUGUGUUUUACUUCGCGAUGUUGUUGGCCGGACUGGUUUUCACUGUAUCACGAAUCUAGGCUUGUGGGGGAGGGGCAAGGAAGAAAUUUGGCGGCGCUCUCUCAUAGAAUGCUCUCGUAAUCACGAUUUUUCACCACAA